AUGGACGCCGAGGCAGCACCAGCAAAACGUCGCCAUGAGGAUGUGGUUGCGGCGUCGCAGGAUCAGCAUCUGGCACUGGGUCAAGAAAUCUGCCUCCAGACCAUGCAGCCCUUUAGUGACAUCAGCAGACCCACUACGGAGGACUGGCUCAAGAUGGGUCUCUUUGAGGAACUCCUAAGACAAGGUCUGGAGGAGGCGGCCUUGGAUGUUGCAACACUCAUGGCUGGAAACCAAGAACUGCUGCAGAAGGCUAAAGAGAUUUGUGCAGCCCGAGCUCCGCGUGGAGCUCUGGCUGCGCGUCUCCAGCAACUAAAGUCCAAUGCCGGUCACAGCACACCCCGGCAUGAAGCGCCAACUAUAGACCCCACUGCAAUUAAAGAAGUCGAGGCGUUGCUUCAGGGAGUGUGGGAUUCUCCUGCCGGAAGGACACUCCAGCCAUGCUCAGCGAUAGAAUGGCGCCAUCAGUUGCGUGCGGUCCUAACUGAAGAGCCGCCAGAGGGACGUGAGGAGGAGGAGGCGCCAGAUGUGCCAGGAGAGGAGGCAGCAGAAGUGCGAGUGCAGCCGCUGGGAGGUGCUAUACCGGAGCUAAACCAUAGCAUGGAACACCGUGGCACAGAUGCUUCAACAGAAAGACUCAAUCGCCGAAAGAGAAGACAUCGAAGGAGGCGCUAUCGCAGGAACAAGCCGCUUCAGAGUGACAUCGCUGACCAGAGCCGUAACCCAACUCACGGCAUGUAUUUCCACGUCGGCGUCAGUGUCCACAUCGUCCUGGUCUGA